AUGGAGGAACGAGAAGAGAAAGAAGAACAUGAAAGUAAAGAAAAUGACAACACCACGGAAUCAAGAGAUGUUGUUACAGUUCAGAAUGCUCAACAGCAAAUUACUGAAGAAAAUAAUAAACUAAACAACAAUGCUAAACAAGAGAGUAAAUAUCUUGAAACUAUUGUGGCUGAUUUGAAAGACUUGGAUCGAUUGAAAGAACAGUGUCACAGACAAGACAAGUUACAGAUCAAACGCACGAACUGCAACGACAUAUGUACGACAGGUUGCAAAGCAUUGGACAAAGUUUAUACGUACAAGAGGGAGGACAGCUGUAGAUAUGUUUAUCGGACUUUGUUAUUAUACUUGAUAUUAGUAUAUAGAUACAACGAUACAACAUGGUGUCAAACAUUUUGUUUAAAGUCAAGUCUCGACCUAGGAGUAUUAAACCUUAGAUACUCAGUAGUUAAAUCUCCAUUACACAAUAUCGUGCUCAUGACCAAACAAAUAGUCAUGUCUGACUAUGGGGAUUUAUUCAAAGGUAUUGGUAAGCUACCUGGUAAAUAUCGUGUUGUGGAAACGCUAUUGCAAAAUGAACAAUUAAGAGUCAGAAUACAACCUAACGAAGAAUUAAUGAAAUGUAUAACAGUUCAAGAACAUGACACAAUUCCUAUUUGGACACUUGGGCACAACAGAGUGCAUAAAUGUGAAAGGUGUAACUGCAUGAUGCGAUGUAAUUGCAUUUGCCAUUCUGAAAACCAGUGGUGUAACUAUGACAAACGGAGAGAUAAAGAAAGUAAAAUGCAUUCUAACAUAAGGAGAAAUAAAGAGUCGUCCUAUUUGCUCAACAUCCAGGAAAAUAAACAGGUACUCGGGGCUUCUGGGGGUGAUCCUGAUGAAAGUCCCAGUGAUGAUCCGUCCAGUGAUGAAGAUGACAAUUAUGGUCACAAUAAGGGGAACUAUGUGAAAAAGAAAAAAGACAAAAGGAAAACAUGGAUGAUAGAUGCAGAUGCAUGGCUCAAGUGUAUCAAGGAAGGAGGCGAUUUUGAACAUCAGGCGGAAAGUUUAUUGAGUGAAAGCAAGUUGCCAGAAAAAUUUGCGCUGGACGCGAUAAGAUUAAAGUACGCACAUUUUUCCUCAAUUAUUUCUAAAAUUUGCGAUAAAAUAUGUGUUUAUAUCAAGGAAAAGUCAGAAACGAUUGCACAUGUUUGGGCUGCUACAAUUUAUUCAAAGGAUUCCUUGCCUAAAGAUAAUGACAUUGUUUUCGUUGUCCUGACAACAGAUAUAACAGUUAAAAUAAACGAAGAAAAUUUUGUAAUAUAUCAAAGACAUUUCUUGCAAGUCGAUGAUACCGACCUGAACAAAGAAAUAGAAAUAAUGGAAUACAAUAAUCUGCCAACUUCUGAAGAAAUUGAUAAACUUGAGAAAUGUUUGAAACAAAAUGCAAAAUCGUUGAUGAAUAACCAUAGCAACCUUACUAGGGUGACAGCAAGUUGGUUCAGAACAGAUCGUAAUGAUACUGAACACCUAUCAUUAAGAAAGGAAUUGUGUAUUGCACUCUUUGUCCACAUUAAAGGAUAUAUACCAGUGGGUGAGAAAUACUUCCCAACCGAAAUCGGAGGGUUUCCAGUGGUUGUCCGAGAGGGCAUUUUUACACUUUGUAAGGGUCCAAAUGAGUAUCAUGAGAAUGUGAAAAUGGGUUGUGCAAUCGGUGCAGAAAUGGUUGGUACUCUUGGAGCAUUUAUAGAAUUUGAAAAUGAUAAUGAUUUAUAUGGGCUUACGUGUGCACAUGUUGUAUUUGGUCAUGAUAAACUUAAGGCUAUACUUCAAAAGGGAAUAUGUGUAUUUGACGAUGGUAUUGUUGUUUGUCAACCUGCCAAUACAAAUUAUAAACCUCUUGGCAAAACAGUGGCGGCAGUUUAUAAAAGUGGAGGAAAUGGAAUAUCAGGAAUGGAGUUUGCAUUAAUAAGAAUUCACCAGAGUAGAUGGCCUACUGAAGGCACAUUCCCCGAUGACUCUGAUUAUUUGUCAGCAGGAUUUGGACCAGACACGCCUUUUGAAUUUGCUUCCGGAAAUACUUUGAACACAAGACGUCUCCCUUUUCCCUUAGUGUAUAAAUACGGUUGUGAAAGCAAACUCACACAAGGAGUGUGUCGAGUAAAUGGUUCAUCGGUUCGAACAUUGAAAUUUCAAGACAACAUUCUUGAUACUGAAUUAGUUUUUGCAUGAUCAGAUCGAAAUAAUGAAUAUAGAAUCGCAGUUUGCUUUAAAGGGGGAUUCAGGUGCACUUGUUUUUAUAAAAGAUGAAAACAAAGAGCUUUUCUGCGUUUGGAAUGUUUGAAGGAAAGUUCAAAGGUACUAAUAUUUAUGUAUGUACGCCAAUCUACGAUGUCCUUAACGAAAUAAAACGGAUUUGUAACAAGCAAUGCAGAUUUAAAAGAUUCUACCAUCUGAUUCACAAAUAAAGGAUCCGAGGCUGCACGAUCAGUUGCAUGACACAGUAAUGUCACUUUCCGGAAGUGUGUCGCAACUGCAUGGAAGAUUAGAAUCUCUUGAUCAAGGUUUUGCAAAACAUAAACUAGAAAUAUCAAAUGAACUUGGUGAAUAUUUAAAAGGACUCUGGAAAUAAGUGAUCAGCAAAAUAUUCAAAGAGAAGAACUUAAGAAUCAAAAUGACGAAUUGAAAAAGCAAGGUGACGAGCACAUAAAACAGAGUCAGGAAAUAAAGGAACGUCAAGAAAGACAAGAAAAGCAAAGCGAAGAACUUAAAGAGGAAUUAAGAAGGCAAGGUGAUGAGCAUGUAAAACAGAGGCCAGGAAAUUAAGCAACGUCAAGAAAGGCAAGAAAAGCAAGGCAAAGAGCUUAAAGAGGAACUAAGGAGGCAAGGUGAUGAGCAUGUAAAA